AGGUGUAUACGGCAGCUCCACGGGCAGGAUAGCGGGCGAAGCAGCGCACGCACAGAGCGAUGAUGGUGUGUACGAGUAUGAUGAAUACGAUAAUUCCAACACCAACGACUAUAACGAGCCGGACGACUACCCGGAGCUGGACGUUUCGCCAACCUUCAUUACUAACGCCCAACAGUUCUCCGUUGAACUUGGAGGCGACAUUACCUUCCCCUGUGCCGUCGAAAACCUUGGAAGCCACCUGGUUAUGUUUAAACACAUCAUGAACAGUGGGGAAAACAAGCUGUUAUUCGUCGGGGAUAUUGCCUUGAAACCUUCUGUAAAGUUCACCAAGAAUGGAAAUUCAUUUGUUUUGAAUGGGGUGGCCAGACGACAUGCUGGGAAAUAUGUGUGCCGCAUUGAGACUUCCCCGGCCACUGAGCUCACACACACACUUGAUGUCCAGUAUCCAGCAACGGUAAGACGUGUAAGUCCAGAGGUACAGCGAGUGGUUCAAGGUUCAAGUGUGACAUUAGAAUGUGUAGCAGAGGGCAACCCACCUGCUGCCAUUAAUUGGAGCCGUCAGCAAGGACACCUACCUUCUGGAGCACAAUCUGAAGAGGGCCUGAGUAUCACCCUGGAAAAUGUGGACCGUCAUGUUGAGGGGACGUACAUCUGCACAGCCUCAAAUGGUAUUGGAGACCCAUCAUCUGCUUCAAUGACCGUUGAAGUUGAAUACCCUCCAGAAGUCAUCACUGAGCAAGCUAUUCUUCACACUGGUGAAGGGGAUGAGGCUAAACUGAUGUGCAUUGUCCAUGGUCGUCCACCUCCACAUGUUUCCUGGGGCAAGGAUGGCAAACCCAUUAACCCUGACUACCACAUCACUGAACAUGAUAGCCUCCACCGCCACACACUCACCAUCAGCAAAGUAAGGGAAGAGGACUUUGGUGACUACACCUGCACAGCGGAAAAUAGCCAAGGCCAAAAGGCCAACACACUCAGACUGACUGGUCUGCCUAAAACCCCUAAAAUGACAAGCAGCCCCUCUGGUGGUGAGAAGACCUCUUACACACUCACAUGGGAGACAGAAAGCUACACACCUAUUGCCCAGUAUCGUCUUCAGUACCGAAAAUUUAAGCCAAACAUCACAAAGCAGGCUCCAGGAAUGUGGAUCGACAGGCUGCAUUCUCCGAAGCCAUCAGAGGGAAACCUUACUGGUCCUAUUCACCAUAUGAGCCAUGCUAUCGAGAUGCUUGAGCCUGCUACCGACUACGAAGCAACAGUUGCCGUUGAAAACAAGUUUGGGUGGUCGGGGACUUCGGAUGUCUUCCAGUUCUGCACAAGAAAAGAAGACCCUACCACUACUACUACUACCACUACCACUACCACGACCCUGGCCCCGGAACCCGAGAACAUCGCUCCUGUGAUGGAAGAAGUGGCCUUUGGUCAAUCUGCGAACGGGUGUGGCACCAACACGCUGAACAUGGCACUUUUGACUCUCGUACUGAGUGCCUUCCUCUCGUAAAGAUCUAGGAUGUAGAGAAUCUUAAGGGGGUUGUAAAGGAGGCUCCAUACAUGAGACGCCACCACCUUCAGUCCGUAGGAUAAGGUGCAGUGAAUUUAACAACUUCAAUGUCUUUUCUGGUAUUGAAGCUUGGCCAACUUCAAAAUCUUGGCUGAUUUUGUGAGGUGUGAAAUCACAAACAAACUUUCAGGUGCAGUGGAUAAUAUGAUGUUCCCCUCUAGGUUGCUUUUACUUUCAUUAACAGAAGUGAGUCAUGUGAUGUUCCCAUGGCAAUAUCCUUCAAAACGGUAUUAUAAGAAUCUAGUCGUCCCUCUCCUGUUUCUGGUUUGUAUGGACAAUUAAAUCAAGCCCUAAUUGUCCAAGGAGCACUCUGUUAUCUAGCUAAUGCUUUCUACUAUAUAAACUAAAGAAAAACCAUUAGAUUUAGAUAGAAUAUACUCCACACCCUGGAAACACAAAAUAAGGAACAAAGUUUUCUACCAUUUUUGAGUAGAUUUGUCAAAAGUAUUUACAACACGAGUAACUGGCCGUCUCUUAAGGUAACAAAAAGAAAGAAAACUAGUUAAUUUAAUUCUUCCAGUAUUUUGCUACGAUAUAUUGGCUUGGCAUUGCCAAUCCUAUUGCAAGUGUCUGCUAGCUUUUGUAUUCUUAAUGGUGAUUCAGCUGCCUAAUGAGGCAGGAAGCACGUGUCAUUUGUGCUUCUUGUGUGUAUCUGUUUGUAUGGCUGUGCAAAUGUGAGAAUGGUGUGAAUUGGGGAAUUUUGGAAGCCCCACGCAUGGGAGGUUAGUCACUGUGUAUAUAGCAUAUUCACAUCUCCAGGUGCGUUGCAUAUAAACCACAUUGACAGGCAAACAUGGAAAAAAGUGUUACUCUUAUAAACUAACAUUAUUAUUCACUUGUUAUAAUAACUAAGGACCCGUCCUUAAUUUCCAAAUUGAUAGUUUAACCUUCAUACAUAAUUGAUGGCUGUCUCUUCACAGUGAAUGUGGGUCAUAAAGCCGCAGGUAAUGUACAUUUACUCUAUGUCCAAGAGACAUUCCUCCUAUGUCGUGAAAGGAACAUAGGAAUGAUGGUGAAUAUUGGACAAAUUAACUUAAAUGGGAAUGCUUAUAAUUUAAGAAAUUGCAAAAAAUAUAUAUUUCUGAAGCCUGUUUAUUUAAUCUCAGUGCUUAAAUGUUUAAAUGCUGGAUAUCCUGAAAUGCAAUCAGGUGCUUAAUCAUUGAAAUAAAAAAAAAAAAAGUUUGAUUUGUACGAUACUUAAGUGUCACUGACUCACUCCAUGUAACGUCCUUUGUAUGUAUUUCCACUCUUGUUUGGCCUUUUGGAUAAAAUGUGUGCUCAGGAGGCUUCAUGGGUCUUAAUCACCUUCUUACUGUUUGGGGGUAUUUUCCUAAAGUGAACAAUGCUGCAGUGUUACAGGGAAUGUGUUAAGGUUGUAAUGUUAUAUAAUAAAUAUUUAAUGACAACAAUGAACUAUAUAUGUGAAGCAUGCUAUCUUCUAUUUAGAAUAAAUAUUUUAACAAUACCAUACAAUACACCAGCCUUUGGUGUAUAGUUGUAUUCUUGUCAAAACUCACUAUAUCAACAUAUUUGGAAAAUAUACUUGUAGUUAAGCAAUGUAAUGUAAUUUUCUAUUUUAUAAUGAUUGGUCUUUUGCAUAAAAAAAACACACUGCCAUUAACAUGCUUUCCAUGCAGCUCUCCUGUGUUGUAAUAUUUUGUACCAUAAUCAGCGAAUAAACGUGUCAAUGUCA